AUGUCGCAAGUUGAAUUUUUGCUCACAGUAGGCAAACUGGAUGCGUCUUUGGCACUUUUGACCACUGACGAUCACCAUGUGAUAGAGUUUCCAACGGUACUGUUGCCGGACGAUGUGAAAGCCGGUUCAAUUGUCAAACUGGCCGUGUCGCAAACGUUUGAAGAGGAGAGGAAGCAGAGGGAGCUCUUUAGGGAGAUUCAGGCCAAGAUUAUGGAGAAAUACGGCACACAAAGACCUUCGCCCCCUGUGUUGAAAGUGGUUAAUGUGACUCAGACCAGCUGUGUUUUAGCGUGGGACCCCUUGCAAUUGGGAUCAGCUAGUUUGAAAUCUUUGGUUCUUUACAGGCAAGGUGUACGUUCCACUGUCAUACCUUGUCCCCUGAAGACGAAUACCACGAAAAUAUCAGGACUGUCAGUCGACACGGAUUAUGAGUUUGAGCUGAAACUAACAACGACAUCAGGACAACUAUGGUCGGAAAAAGUCAAAAUGCAUACUCAUAAGAUGACCGACAUGUCAGGCAUAACGGUCUGCCUUGGUCCAUUGGAUCCCUUGCUCGGUAUUUCUGGCGCUCAAGUUGCGCAGAGCUUGUCUCAGAUCGGUGCUAGGCCUAUGCAGAACAAGGUGGCCAUCGAUACAACACAUUUUGUCACGAAUGAUAUCGAGAACGACGAUGAUCCGGAGCUCAUUAAAGCUAAGAAUAGCAAUAUUCCAAUCGUUAGACCUGAAUGGGUCAGAGCUAGUGAAAUGGAGAGAAGAAUAGUUGGAGUCAGAGGCUUUUAUCUGGAUGCGGACCAGGGUAUCCUGAAGAGCUAUCAAUUUCCACCCGCUACGGAAGAAGCAAAGGCGCUUUUCGCCCAACUGAAAGCUGGCGAAACAACCGAGAGUAUCAACCGCGACAAGGAACUGCCCAAACCUACAGAGCAUUCGCGAGAGGCUGAAGGGAGUAAGCAGUCCGAAAGCUCUGGAGACGUGAAGAAGGAAAACGAAGAAAGUCCUCGAAUAACUGAGGAGGAUCUCAAACAAGCAGCAGAACCGCCAAGUAGCGAGUCGCUCGGGCAAGAUGUCGUCGGCGACUCACAAAUGUCAGCAAAGUCGGCAUCGAGGGAAAUUACAGAAUCGGCGAUUCAAGAAUCUCUGGAGGGCGGCGAAGAAGCCACCAGGACGGACAUGAAUGAGACCGACUCUGGUUCACAGCAGGAGAAUGCGCCACCGAUAAUCACCAAAGACAAGAACGCUGAUGAUGCUAUAACGGAAGCAGACGUGCCUGCUUACGAAGAGGUCGAUUCCGCCAGUAAUGAUGAAGCGCAUGAGAAAUCAGUUGCCAAUCCUGCCGAUGUCAGAGAGAACGCUACACUCGUUGAGCGCGUCGAAACAGCCGAAAUCACAGAUAGCCCUGCUGAAGGGCUUGGGGAAACAGUCUAUAAUGACGUUGAUCUAGAAGAAACCAGCGAACCCACUGAGACGACUGAAAAAGCAGAAGCUGCAGGGCCUACAGCUGGUGAACCCGCCACGCAGGAGGAUAAUGCACCACAGCAGCCAGCCGAAGAAAGUGAAGCAUCACAGGCUGUCCCUGGGGUUGAAAUAUCGACAACAAAUACAGAACUGACAGAGCGUGCCGCUGAAGCAGAAACCACCGACGCCCUCGUCGAGGCAGACCGUAGUGACCUCGUCGAACCUGCGGAGACGGAGGAGGAAGUGGAAGCUACUGCGGAAGCGGCCGCCUCAGACAGCAACGAGAGUGAGUCAAACGCAACGCACUCCGAGGUGGCAGAACUUGAAGAGGACGACGAGGGAGCCGCAGCCAAGGAAACCACGGCGACCAAGAAGACCACCAAGAAGAACAAGAACAAGAAGAAGAACAAGAAGAAGAAAUGA